CCUCCCGUCUUCGCACGCAGGAUUACGUUUUGAAAACAACUUGAAUAGUCUACCAUCUUGCUGGAUUGCAUUGCUUCACAACAUAGAAUGUCUUUCUGAUCUGGAAUUUAUCUGGUGGCUAUGAAUGUGUUUCCUCCUGAAUUUACGUCCUAUGUUCCAUUGGAGCGCUGAAGCUCUUCAGGACUGUUGUCUGUUCAGAAGCUAGCCUCUUUUUCUCACACUUGUUUAAAUUCUGCUAGCAAUGAGUUCUCAAAGCCAUCCAGAUGGACUUUCUGGCAGGGACCAGCCAGUAGAAUUGUUAAAUCCAGCCAGAGUAAACCAUAUGCCAAGUUCUGUUGAUGUGACCACAACACUACCUUUGCAAGUGGCACCAUCUGUAGUCCCUAUGGAUCUCCGUUUGGACCACCAGUUCUCUAUGCCAGUUGCAGAACCUACAUUACGUGAGCAGCAGCUUCAACAGGAAUUGUUGGCCCUCAAACAAAAGCAACAGAUCCAGAGACAGAUCCUCAUAGCAGAAUUUCAGAGACAACAUGAGCAGCUCUCUCGUCAGCAUGAAGCUCAGCUACAUGAACACAUAAAGCAGCAACAGGAGAUUCUGGCAAUGAAACAUCAGCAGGAGCUCUUGGAACACCAGAGAAAGUUGGAAAAGCAUCGACAGGAGCAAGAGUUAGAGAAGCAGCAUAGAGAACAGAAGCUGCAGCAACUUAAAAACAAAGAGAAAGGAAAAGAAAGUGCAGUGGCAAGCACAGAAGUAAAGAUGAAGCUACAAGAGUUUGUCUUAAAUAAAAAAAAAGCUUUGGCCCAGCGGAAUCUCAACCAUUGCAUUUCUAAUGACCCGCGCUUCUGGUAUGGGAAGACACAGCAUAGUUCUCUUGACCAGAGCUCUCCACCGCAAAGCGGAGUAUCAGGCACUUAUAAUCAUCCUGUGCUAGGGAUGUAUGAUUCCAAAGAUGAUUUUCCACUCAGGAAAACAGCAUCUGAACCCAAUCUUAAAUUGCGAUCCAGGUUAAAGCAGAAGGUUGCGGAAAGGCGGAGUAGCCCCUUAUUACGAAGAAAAGAUGGACCUGUAGUUACAGCUCUUAAAAAGCGCCCAUUAGAUGUCACAGACUCUGCGUGCAACAGCGCGCCUGGAUCUGGCCCUAGUUCUCCAAAUAAUAGUUCCAGUAACAUAAGCACUGAGAAUGGAAUUACUGGAUCAGUUGCAAAUCUUCAAGCAGAGACCAACCUGGCUCAUAGACUUGUGAAUCGUGAAGGCUCAGUAACACAGCUUCCUUUGUACACAUCUCCCUCCUUGCCGAAUAUAACGUUAGGACUGCCUGCAACUGCCCCAUCCAGUGGGGGAUCAGGACAGCAGGAUGCUGAAAGACUUGCUAUUCCACCCUUACAACAACGAAUCUCCUUGUUUCCUGGCACCCACCUCACUCCUUAUUUGAGCAGUUCUGCAGUGGAAAGGGAUGGGGGAACUGCACACAACCCUCUUCUUCAACACAUGGUCUUAUUGGAACAACCAACUGCACAAAACCCCUUAGUCCCAGACUGGUAUCUUUCAGGGCUUGGGGCACUGCCCCUCCAUGCGCAGUCCCUGGUGGGCACAGACCGACUCUCCCCCUCCAUACACAAACUGCGGCAACACCGCCCUUUGGGGCGCACACAGUCUGCUCCUCUUCCCCAGAAUGCACAGGCCCUCCAGCAAUUAGUGAUCCAGCAACAACAUCAGCAGUUCCUGGAAAAACACAAACAGCAAUUUCAGCAGCAGCAGCUGCACAUUAACAAGAUUAUGCCAAAAUCAAACGAGUCUUCCCGCCAGCAUGAAAGCCAUCCUGAAGAGACUGAAGAAGAAUUGCGAGAACACCAGGCAUUUUUAGAAGAUCCUUAUAUUGAGCGGAUAUCAAACCAAAAGGAAGUCCAAGGGUUGGCCAGUAUGGUCCAGGUGAAGCAAGAACCUGUUGAGAGUGAUGAAGAUGGAGAGUUGCAACAAGAACUAGAACCAGGGCAGAGGCAAGCUGAGCAGGAGUUGCUAUUCAGACAGCAAGCACUUCUACUGGAACAGCAACGGAUUCACCAGCUGAGGAACUACCAGGCAUCCAUGGAAGCUGCUGGCAUCCCGGUGUCUUUUGGAGGACACAGGCCACUUUCUCGUGCCCAGUCUUCACCUGCCUCUGCCAACUUCCCCAUGUCCGUACAGGAACCACCCUGCAAGCCACAAUUCACAACAGGCCUUGUGUAUGAUACUCUGAUGCUGAAACACCAGUGCACUUGCGGCAACACAAACAGCCAUCCAGAACAUGCAGGGAGAAUUCAGAGCAUUUGGUCACGGCUUCAGGAGACAGGUCUUCGUAGCAAGUGUGAGUGUAUCCGUGGAAGAAAAGCUACUCUAGAAGAACUACAGACUGUUCAUUCAGAAGCCCACACACUGCUUUAUGGUACCAACCCUCUGAAUAGGCAGAAAUUGGACAGCAAGAAACUGUUAGGCUCUUUAACAUCAAUGUUUGUCAGGCUCCCUUGUGGUGGCGUUGGGGUUGACAGUGACACAAUUUGGAAUGAGGUCCACUCCUUCAGUGCUGCUCGCCUUGCUGUUGGUUGUGUUAUAGAGCUUGUUUUUAAAGUGGCUACAGGGGAGCUAAAGAAUGGAUUUGCCGUAGUUCGACCACCUGGUCACCAUGCUGAAGAAAGCACACCCAUGGGGUUUUGCUAUUUUAAUUCUGUGGCAAUUUCAGCCAAGCUUCUCCAGCAAAGACUGAAUGUGAACAAAAUACUUAUAGUGGAUUGGGAUGUACACCAUGGAAAUGGCACUCAGCAAGCUUUCUACAAUGAUCCUAAUGUUCUUUAUAUUUCACUACAUCGCUAUGAUGAUGGAAACUUCUUCCCAGGCAGUGGAGCUCCUGAUGAGGUUGGCAUAGGACCAGGUGUCGGUUUCAAUGUUAACAUGGCAUUUACAGGUGGUCUUGAUCCACCCAUGGGAGACACAGAAUACUUGACUGCUUUCAGAACAGUAGUAAUGCCUAUUGCUAAUGAGUUUGCUCCAGAUGUUGUGCUUGUAUCAUCUGGGUUUGAUGCAGUGGAAGGUCAUCCUGCACCACUUGGAGGAUAUAAUCUGUCAGCAAAAUGCUUUGGGUACCUGACAAAACAGCUCAUGGGUCUUGCUGGAGGACGAAUCAUUUUAGCUCUUGAAGGAGGCCAUGACCUGACAGCCAUUUGUGAUGCGUCUGAAGCAUGCGUUUCUGCUUUGCUAGGAAUUGAGCUUGAUCCUAUUCCUGAAAAGGUAUUACAGCAGAGAGCAAAUGCUAAUGCAGUACAUUCCAUUGAGAAGGUCAUUGAAAUACACAGUAAGUACUGGCACUCACUCCAGCGCUAUUCCUCAACAGUCAGCUAUUCCUUGAUAGACGCACAGAAGUGUGAGAACGAAGAAGCAGAAACUGUAACAGCUAUGGCAUCAUUAUCAGUGGGAGUCAAGCCACCACAUGACAAAAAGCCAGAUGAGGAGCCCAUGGAAGAGGACCCUCCCCUGUAGCAGUCAUCUCUGAGGCUGGAGUUCUCCUGUUUGUUCGUCUUGUCUUGAAGCUCUGCCAAGAAGCUUUCUCUUGUUACUCCUGCAUCCUGUCAUGGUUUUCUUCCAGACUACAGAAAGGCAGCCGUGCGUAAAAGAAAGCUAAAUCUCUCUGUAUCUGUACAGAAUAUGCUUGUGGAAAAGAAAAAAAGUGCAGGUGACGAGCAGAAAUAUUAAAGACAUGUGCACUGAGCCCUCUUCCUCUUUUCCGAAAUGGAAGUUUGAGAGGCAAGAAGCCAGUGAAGUAUUUGGCAAACUUGCCAACUUUUUUUAAAAAAAGAAAGAAAUCAAAGAUUAAACACAGAUAUGACAACUUUCAUUUAAAACUGGUGCUUAAAGUUUGAUUAUCCUCCGUUCAGACCACUCAGACCAUAUUGUAGUUUUGUGUUUUGUGUUUUAUUUUUGUGGCUCUUGCCUACCUGUGAUCCAGACACUCUCUUCAAAACCCAAACAAUAUGAGAAGUCUUUUUUCCCCUUUAUAUGAAGGGUGAAAAGAGAACUAAGCUUUUUUAUACCUAAUAUACAUGCGGACAGACUAUAGAUGUGUGGCGAGGAAGAACGUAAACCAAGGAAGAAAGCCCAGAAAGGGGAUCGGCUUUAGCAUCUCCAAAGCCAUCUGAAGAGUUUGUGCCUUUAAAAAAAAAAA